AUGAAUGCCCACUCCAAGGAGAUGGUGCCCCUCAUGGGCAGAAGAACCACUGCACCCAGUGGGAACUCCGUUGUGCUGACAGAGAAGAGGCCAGCAGAUCUCACUCCCACCAAGAAGAGUGCACACUUCUUCCUGGAGAUAGAAGGAUUUGAGCCCAAUCCCACAGUCACCAAGACCUCUCCUCCCAUCUUCUCUAAGCCGAUGGACUCCAACAUUCGGCAGUGCAUGUCUGGCAACUGUGAUGACAUGGACUCCCCCCAGUCUCCUCAGGAUGAUGUGACAGAGACCCCAUCCAAUCCCAACAGUCCAAGCGCAAACCUGGCCAAAGAAGAACAGAGGCAGAAGAAGAAGAGGCUGAAGAAGCGCAUCUUCGCGGCCGUGUCUGAGGGCUGCGUGGGGGAGCUGCGGGAACUGCUACAAGAACUACAGGAGCUGUGCAGACGGCGCCGUGGCCUGGACGUGUCUGAUUUCCUCAUGCACAAGCUGACAGCCUCAGACACAGGAAAGACCUGCCUGAUGAAGGCUUUGCUCAACAUCAACCCCAACACCAAAGAGAUUGUGCGGAUUCUGCUGGCCUUUGCCGAGGAGAACGGCAUCCUGGACAGGUUCAUCAAUGCCGAGUACACAGAAGAGGCCUAUGAAGGGCAGACGGCGCUGAACAUCGCUAUUGAGCGGCGCCAGGGAGAUAUCACAGCAGUGCUCAUAGCAGCAGGCGCCGACGUCAACGCGCACGCCAAGGGUAUCUUCUUCAACCCUAAAAACCAGCAUGAAGGUUUCUAUUUUGGCGAGACACCCCUGGCCUUGGCAGCAUGUACCAACCAGCCCGAAAUUGUACAGCUGCUGAUGGAGAAUGAACAGACAGAUAUCACCUCCCAGGACUCUCGGGGAAACAACAUCCUGCACGCACUGGUGACAGUGGCUGAGGACUUCAAGACCCAGAAUGACUUUGUUAAGCGCAUGUAUGACAUGAUCCUGCUGAGGAGUGGCAACUGGGAGCUGGAGACCAUGCGCAACAAUGAUGGCCUCACGCCACUGCAGCUGGCUGCCAAGAUGGGCAAGGCUGAGAUUCUGAAGUACAUCCUUAGUCGUGAGAUCAAGGAGAAGCCUCUUCGGAGCCUGUCCAGGAAGUUCACGGACUGGGCAUAUGGGCCUGUGUCAUCCUCACUCUAUGACCUCACCAAUGUAGACACCACGACAGAUAACUCUGUGCUGGAAAUCAUCGUCUACAACACCAACAUUGACAACCGGCAUGAGAUGCUGACCCUGGAGCCCCUGCACACGCUGCUGCAUAUGAAGUGGAAGAAAUUCGCCAAAUACAUGUUCUUCCUGUCCUUCUGUUUCUAUUUCUUCUACAACAUCACCUUGACCCUCGUCUCUUACUACCGUCCCCGGGAGGACAAGGACCUCCCGCACCCCUUGGCGCUGACACACAAGAUGAGUUGGCUGCAACUCCUAGGUAGGAUGUUUGUUCUUAUCUGGGCCACAUGCAUCUCCGUGAAAGAGGGCAUUGCCAUUUUCCUGCUGAGACCUUCUGAUCUACAGUCCAUCCUGUCAGAUGCCUGGUUUCAUUUUGUCUUUUUUGUUCAAGCUGUGCUUGUGAUACUGUCUGUCUUCUUGUACUUGUUUGCCUGCAAAGAAUACCUCGCCUGCCUCGUGCUGGCCAUGGCCCUGGGCUGGGCGAACAUGCUCUACUACACGAGAGGUUUCCAGUCCAUGGGCAUGUACAGCGUCAUGAUUCAGAAGGUCAUCUUGCACGAUGUUCUGAAGUUCUUGUUUGUUUACAUCCUGUUCUUACUUGGAUUUGGAGUAGCGCUGGCCUCGCUGAUUGAGAAGUGCUCCAAAGACAAAAAGGACUGCAGCUCCUACGGCAGCUUCAGCGAUGCGGUGCUGGAGCUCUUCAAGCUCACCAUAGGUCUGGGCGACCUGAACAUCCAGCAGAACUCCACCUACCCCAUCCUCUUUCUCUUCCUACUCAUCACCUACGUCAUCCUCACCUUCGUCCUCCUCCUCAACAUGCUCAUUGCCCUGAUGGGCGAGACAGUGGAAAAUGUCUCCAAAGAGAGUGAGCGGAUCUGGCGCCUUCAGAGAGCCAGGACCAUCUUGGAGUUUGAGAAAAUGUUACCAGAAUGGCUGAGAAGCAGAUUCCGCAUGGGAGAGCUGUGCAAAGUAGCAGACGAGGACUUCCGGCUGUGUCUGCGGAUCAACGAGGUGAAGUGGACUGAAUGGAAAACACACGUGUCCUUCCUUAAUGAAGAUCCAGGGCCCAUAAGACGGACAGCAGAUGUGAACAAAAUCCAAGAUUCUUCCAGGAGCAAUAGCAAAACAACCCUCUAUGCAUUUGAUGAACUAGAGGAAUUUCCAGAAACGUCGGUGUAGAAGCAUGGCUUAGAGCUGAUGUGACGCCAUGGUUGGUCCUGAUGCUGCAGGCCGAGUCCUGGGGCUGAGGUGCUGUGCAGAAUGCUGGAUUAGAAGCAAGACCUUCUUCACAUCGACUGGUGGCUGC